AAGAGCGGGAGAGGGGGGUGAACAGAGUGAGUGAACAGGGCCUUGUCCCCUUGGAUGUGGCUGCCCUUACCCACAAUUCCCCUCUGCUCCAUGUGCUGGCAAAGGCUGGCGCUAGGCAUAACCCGAUUUGUAAGUACUUUGUUUCAGAGUGUCAUGACUUGUUUAGAAGAAGCAAUAUAAUGCUAAUCGGAAAUAAACCAACAACAUUAUGACCACUUGCACAAUGAAAUCCAAAGCAAAAUUCAAAACGAACAUAAGGGCUGCAUCAGAGAUAUAGAAAUACUGUAUAAUAGUAUUGUUUUAGAUGUUUGUAAAAUGUGGUCACCCAUUUGACCUACAUAAGAGCAAAAUAUAAGACCACACCUCUCAGAUUGAUGCAUUGCAGUUCUACACCACAGCAAAUUACAAACAUAAUGAUAAACACAUUGUUAAUGUUUGGCACAGUUUUUGUUUUGGCUCUCAUUAGAUUGUGCAAGUGUACCUAAUGAAGUGCCCAGUGAGUGAAUAUGAAUUGCUUGUGGUGAUCAGACCAUUGUCUAAUAUGACAAAGUGGGCACGGUGGCCGACUGGUUAGAGCCUCAGCUUCACAGUUCUGAGGACCCGGGUUCAAUCCCCGGCCCCACCUGUGUGGAGUUUGCAUGUUCUCCCCGUGCCUGCGUGGGUUUUCUCCGGGCACUCCGGUUUCCUCCCACAUCCCAAAAACAUGCAUGAAUUGGAGACUCUAAAUUGCCCGUAGGCAUGACUGUGAGUGCGAAUGGUUGUUUGUUCCUAUGUGCCCUGCAAUUGGCUGGCAACCAGUUCAGGGUGUACCCCGCCUCCUGCCCGAUGACAGCUGGGAUAGGCUCCAGCACGCCCGCGUCCCUAGUGAGGAGAAGCGGCUCAGAAAAUGGAUGGAUGGAUGGAUGGGUGAUGUCAUUCAAUGAAGAAACAAAAUGAAAAUUUAAAAAAACAAUCAGUUUUUUCUGCAUUAGGAGAGAUGAACGAAUAUAGAUAGAAGAAGCCAGACAGAACUACGACAAACAGAAGGUGACACAAAGGGAAAGGAAGUUAAAGUGCUUAUAAUGACAUAUACAAAGCCAAAUCAACCUGACCCUAAUGUUUUACUCCAUGAUUUCAAAUAAGAAUUCUCCAAGGGCUUUUUAGUGCAAACCAUUAUGAAAGUAAAUAGGCCUACUUCAGUGCUAGUAAAAGCCCAAAUACACAAACAUAAAAAUCAUUUACUGAGCGCUGUUUUAUUUACCGACUGGUUAGAGCGUCAGCAUCACAGUUCUGAGGACCCGGGUUCAAUCCCCGCCCUGCCUGUGUGGAGUUUGCAUGUUCUCCCCGUGCCUGCGUGCGUUUUCUCCGGGCACUCCGGUUUCCUCCCACAUCCCAAAAACAUGCAUAAAUCGGAGACUCUAAAUUCCCCGUAGGUGUGAAUGUGAGUGCGAAUGGUUGUUUGUUUGGAUGUGCCCCGCGAUUGGUUGGCAACCAGUUCAGGGUGUACCCCGCCUCCUGCCCGAUGAUAGCUGGGAUAGGCUCCAGCAUGCCCGCGACCCUAGUGAGGAGAAGCGGCUCAGAAGAUGGAUGGAUGGAUGGAUGUUUUAUUGAAGUGUGCAGACCAGCAGAAUGGGCACGGAAGCUUGAUGAUCUUGUGGCAUUGGCGAAAGAAAGGGUGGAUGAGUGGAAGCAGGAGUUAUUGAAGAAGGCUGGGGCAGGGUCCCAUGCACAGGCUGAUGUCCAUAGACAAAUCAGACUCUGGAGCCUCAGACUGCAACUGUACUGCCGGAUGAAGGAGAAUUUCAACCACACAGAACUCCCAGGUCAUCCCUGUCAAGUAUCCAUAGUGGUGACCAGCACAUAUUCUCUGUUCGUGGCAAUCAAAGAGCCAGAAGGUGACUGCAUAGGACUCAUCACCUGCUACAAGGUGGAAUGGAGCACCUCAGCAAGCUUCAAGCGCAUCCUUGGCUCAGCUCAUGUAACAGAGACCAAGAAUCCCUCUUAUCUUAUAAAGGGACUCACUGCUGGAGUGCAUUACUUUGUCAGGGCGAGUGCCUACAAUGUGAAAGGAUGGGGACUACCUCAAAGUUCUAUUCCAGUCAGCGCUGCACCCUCCAGUUGGAGAGAGUGCAAUGGUGUGAAGUCGCAGUACAGAAACCAUGAGGCCCUAGUGAGGAAGCUUCUGGAAGAUGCCGGAGAGCCUCAUAACAGAGGAUACUACAAAGAGAGCCCUAAACCUCAGAGUCCCAACAUGCGUCUGUCAAUAUCUCGGGGCAUCAAACAACUGUUCCAGUCUGCUACCAAGUUUGUUCGUCUCUUACAAAGGGGCGUGUACUUGGCAACUGUGUUCUACCACAAGGAAAACAUCCUCGUGACAGCUGAAGAUCAACUCCCACUGGUGGAGAUCCAGUGCUGCUCAACCACUCUCACCCCCAACUUUGUUUGGUUUGCCAAGUUGUCCUGUGCGUGGCAGCAAGUGCCUUGGCUCCAGCAAGCGCUCUCCUCUGCUCAUUCAUCUUCCUCGUCCCUCCUACAGAACAGGCGCAAUAUUUUAAAAGCUGUCUCCCAGCUGCAGUCUUCCUUGGGGACGAUGGACCUUGGCCAAGUGUACUAUGAACCACUCAAAGACCGACAAGGCAACAUUUUACUUGUGACAUUAAAGGAGUUCCCAAAUGCUACCAGCUCUCCUGAGCCUCCACUGCAAUGGAUGCCCCUGGCUCGCCUGGAGAAGAACCGUAGCAGAGCUCCCCUACUGCCUGAACCCACCGCCAUGGAUAUGCUCUAUGAACACCUCAGGGAGAAGCUGGACUACCACAGGCGCAGCAAUCAUUGGGCCAAAUCGGGCCUGUAUGUGGGCAUCCUAAAACUAUGGAGCUCCGUGGAAAACAUCAGGGUUUUGGUACCUCAAAGGCUUCCCAAUUUACUAUGCCAUGCCAGGGUCAGACACAAUGCCCACGUCACCAGAGAAGAGUGGGCAUGGCUCCAGAAUAAUGUUUAUGAAACAACCAGUGACGGUAUUCAGAACCUACUGGGCAGUAAGGAUGACAGCUUGGUGGAAAACAGCAGCCUGGUGGAGUUCAUCAGGCCCCUGAGAGCAGCCGUCUCACAUCUUCUGACAAAGCUCAACAUACCCCUCUACAGGGCCUAUCAGUAUGGAGUAUACACCAGAGAACUGCUGCAGUUAGGAGACAAAGUUUCCAUGGUGCUGCUUCUUCCUCCAAGUGAAGACUUUAGCUCCAGCUACUGGCCUCUGUUGGGAACCAAAGAGCCCGGCCUUACCAUGCCCCUGCAGAUCUUUGAGCUGGUUCACCUCUGGACAUAUGAAAGGGACUUUCUGUCCCAGUACUGCCAGGCGUGGGUGAGGCUGGAGCUGGACACUCACCUGGCUCAGCAGUCUCUGCGGGAGGCGCUGGACACAAGGGAAGUGCAAGUGGCCCGCGAGCGUCUGAACCAUGUCACUGAGAUUUCUAAUCGUCUGGAUGUUUUGUGGCGGGAUGCCCGCUGGAUUAUGGACUGUCUGCAGUGCGUUCGGUCCAAGCAAUGGGUGGGAGCGGUGCCUCUUGGGUUGGUGAUGGGAGGAGACCCGCCGCCAUGUCCCGAGGCUGAGGAAGAGGAAGAAAGACUGACUGCCAGACUGACGUGGCCCCAUCGGCUGCAGUCAAAAAGGGCCGCCGCAGACAGUUUAGUCAGCAUGAUUCCAUCAAAUGUUGUCACGGCCGAGGUCUCCUCUACAGCAGGAAAUAUGGUUGUCAUUGAGGAGGCCACAAUGGUGUUAAUGGAAGGCGUUGCCAAGGGAGGGUACCCUGUAGACAUCAGUACCCAAUCAACUGUGGAUAUAACAAGCAUCGGCCAGUCAGAAUUUGAAUGUGCUAGCACUUUAAUCGAAUCUGGACUAGAGUCUGCAGCUGUCGGACAGUUGGAAGUGGGGUUUGCAGCUUUGGAUGCAUCAGAGUCCUUCAGUGGAUCGGAUCACUUUCCCGCCAGCAUCUCUGAGGUAAUCCGGCCCAUGGAGAUGGCAGAGUUAGUGGAUAUAUUGCCCACACUGAGUCUUAUUGAAGAGGAGACCCCAAGUAAUCCUUCUGCACCGUCAGUGAUGGAUAUGUUUCAAAGCUUUGGACUGGGGAUCGGUGAAAAGGGCAGCUGCUUUGAGUCAGAGAAUUCCCACUUGAUGCAUGGAGUCGUAUGUGGGACGGCGCCAAUCCUGUAUCCUAAUAAAAGCAUCGAUGUAAAAGACACUAACUCAAACCAUGCUGUUCUAUUUGAACAAGACCUGCCGAGCUCACACACCGCAGUGUGUGACACAGAAAGCUCCCCAGAAGAUGACAUAUCUCUGCAGGUUUCCGGUAGGGCACGGAAUUUUCCUGUGAGGAACCAGGCAGAGUGGGGCAGACCAUUUACCAACUCCUCAUGAUAAAGUGUCAAAAAAGACUUAACUACUGUAUGCAGCUGCAGGUCAGCUGAUUUAUCACACCAACUUUGUUUGGAUGUAACUGCACAUAAUAACUGUAACAGAGAAAAAGUGAAAAGUGCAUCUCUACUGUACAUGUUUCAUAAUUAUGCGUGUUAGUCAAUAAAACCUAUUCUAUGGCGCAUA